CUUAAUACUCAAAAUUACGGCAUUCAAUUUAACAGAAUCCAUUGUACAUAAAUAAACUUAUUUCCAACUCUUAUGAUAUUGUUAUUGUUCAAGGAUUAUCACUUCCCUUGUUAAUGAAGUUAACAUCCCUUCUCAGCGUAAAAGGCUUCCAAAUCGAACGUUUUCAUUCAAACAAACCAGAGAAAACAUUUAUAGAGCAGAAGAUACCAGCGACAGUUCGAGAGGAUCGACAAUGGCUGCCUCCGUUUUGGCCACAAUUUGUGCCGAGCGCCUUACGAAGCUGCUGGUCCGAUACGCUCGCGCCCAACCACCGGUGGUGCGCAACCACUCACAGUGCGCCGCCCGGGUGCUGAGUCCCCUGCCCAAGACCGAGGCCACCGUGGCCUAUCUGAAGCCGCUGACCGCCGCCAGCCAGGUGAAGAAAUUGGCGGCACCCGCCGGCGAGACGUGCUUCGUCGGGAAAUGGCAUCAAUUGGGCGGCAUCAAUACCGGCUUUGGUAAUCGAUUCCAGCGCGGACGCAAGAGGGCUCUUGGAGAUCCGGCGGCCUGCCUUCCCAUCCUGGGCGCGGGUAGCGGAAUAAGACGUAUCCGUGGGGGCUAUCCGGCGAAUAUCGAAACAUCAACCAACCUCAGGGAUUGGAAAGAUCAGAGGUCCAUGCAAUACCGACCAUCAUUGGUCAGUCUCUUCAAAAACCAGAAAAGCCCCAACGCGCCCAGGAAACCCUUCGGACAGAACACCCCCACAUUCGAUGGCACAAAGCUGUAUAGGGACUGCUACUAACUGGACACUAGUGGAUCAUCCUUGGUGCUGUUGCCAGGCUCAGAUGCAGCUCAGCCACAAACGCGAAAACGUGUUUUGUGACUGAGUUGCAGAUGAGAAGGGCAACAGAUAUCCGGGAACGGACCAAUUAUAAUUGUAUUAAAUGUUUCGUGUCAAAA